GGCGGUCAGGGACGGCUUCGGCAACGGCUUGCUGCACUCCGCCGUCCUCGGCGGCAGCCUGCCCAUGUGCCGCUACCUCGUCGAGGACCUCCGGAUGGAUGUCGAUGACGUAGGCCUCAUGGGCGAAACACCUUUCACCGUUGCUGUUGCCCGUGGGAAUAUGGAAUUGGUGCGUUACUUUCUUGAUCAGGGCGCUGAUAAAGAAAAGCUCAACGAUGAUGGGUACACCCCUCUCCAUUUAGCCACCGGGAAAGGAGUUGAAAUGGUAGACCUCUUACUCUCCAAAGGCGCUAACCCCAAUUCACUAAAUCAUGGUGGGACAGCACUGCAUCUUGCUGCUAUCCAUGGCCAGGAUGAUAUUAUGAAGGUUUUGUUGGACCACCAUGCAGAUCAUAAGCUAGCUUUGAGUGGUACUGAUCAUACAGCUCUUGUUCUUGCUACUGUCGCGUGCUCGCUGAAAUGUGUGAAACUUCUGCUUGAGGCUGGUGCUGAUGUGGAUGGUAUUGGUAAAGAUACACCCUUAAUCAUCGCUGCCAUAGAUGGUUCAACUGACAUCCUUAAGUGCUUAGUUCUGGCUGGUGCAGAUGCUAAUGUUACUGACACUUAUGGACGCACUCCUCUAGAAAUUGUUGCACGUUCUGGUCGGCGUGAACAUGUUGAAAUUCUUUUUCCGGUCUCUACUCGUCUUCGUAAUGUGCGUGACUGGAGUGUUGAUGGAGUCAUUCGUCAUGUAAAAUCAGUGCGCCCAGCAAAGAAAACUAUGCUUGCUAGUGCAAAAUCCAAAGCACACCAGGCGUUCAAGAGUGGGAAUUAUCUUGUUGCAGUGAAAAUUUAUGAUGAGGCAAUGAAACUCAACCCUGGUGAUGCAACCUUGCUCUCAAAUAGGAGCCUAUGCUGGCUUCGCUUCGGUUAUGGGAAGGAGGCCUUGGAGGAUGCUCAAGCUUGCAGGAGGAUGCGACCUGGCUGGGCAAAGGCCUGCUACCGUGAAGGAAGUGCUCUGAUGUUACUGAAGGACUAUGAAAAGGCAUGUGGUGCAUUUCUUGAAGGUGUUAAAUUGGAGGCAGGGAACACAGAGAUUGAAGAAGGGUUAAGGCCGUCAGGAGCUCUGCUCAUUGUACUCAAAGGAAGGCAGAAGGCCUAAAUCAAAUUUUG